AUGAACAACGAUCAAAACCAAGGAGCUCAACAAGUGCAAGAUCCAAUAGAUCCAAAUGGCACUGCAAAUCGGAAUGCUGGAAUUGUACCCCAACCUAGAGCUAUUCGAGAUCACUUAACUCCUACCUUGGAUGAUCUCAACCCUAUGAUUUUUCCUUCUUCGAGGCUUGGAACAUGGAAGAAGGCACAAGAGACAUUCGAACUAGAUGCUAAGGAUUCUAUGUCCGCCCAACUCUCCGCUAUCACAAAUGUGUUGAAGAAUAUGAAACGUUCCAGUAAGAAGAAGUCAUACCCCCCACCACCCUUCCCGCAAAGGCUGAAGAAGCAUAAUGAUGAUGUUCAACUCAAGAAUUUUGUUGAGAUUCUUGACCAACUUUAUAUCAAUGUCCAACUCAUGGAAGCUAUUGAUAAAAUGCCCACAUACGCCAAAUUUCUCAAGGAAAUUGUUACCAAGAAGAGAAAAUUCAAGAAGUUUGAGACAAUUGCCACAUCAAAAGAAUAUUGCUCUGCCUUGAGCAAGCUAUCAUUGAAACAAAAAGAUCCAUGCAACUUUAUUAUUUCAUUCUCUAUAGGAGAGAACUAUGUUGGAAAAGCCUUGUGUGACCUUGGAUCAAGCGUGAAUCUAAUGCCCAAGUCAAUAUUUUACAAGCUUGGAAUAGGAAAUGCGAUACCUACCUUUGUUAUUUUGCAACUAGCUGAUCGUUCCCAUGUUCGUCUUGAGGGGAAUAUCAAGGAUGUCAUAGUAAGGGUGGACAAAUUCGUACUUCUAGCUUACUUCCUUAUACAUGAUUGCGAGGUUGAUGUAAAUAUACCCAUACUUUUGGGAAGGUCUUUCCUAGACAUGGGACGUAUUCUUAUUGAUUGUGAGAAAGGCGAACUCACUAUGCGAGUAGCUAAUCAGAGUGUGAUUGUGAAUGUCUUUCGUUCUCUUAAAUAUGUGGAUGAUUUUGAAGAAUGUCAGAGCAUUCCGGAAGCGGGCUUAAUGAUAGAAGAAGCUGAGCAAUUUUUCCAUAUCAAUUUCACACAACUGGUUGAUUAUGAAGAGCUUAUGAAAGAGGAUAACAAAGAGGAGGCUGAGGAAUUCCCCAUAGAGGUUUUGAAGUGUUGUGAAGAGGCUAACCUGGUGUUGUAUUGGGAAAAAUGUCACUUCAUGGUGACUGAAGGUGUUGUGCUAGGCCACAAAAUUUCACACAAGGGUAUUGAGGUGGAUAUAGCUAAAAUUGAGGAGAUCGAGAAGUUAUAUCCAUCGACCACUGUCAAGGUGGACUACGUGUCCAAGUGGGUUGAAGCAAUUACUACGCCAACGAAUGAUUCAAAGAUUGUGCUUAAGUUCCUUCAUAACUACAUCUUUAAGAAAUUUGGUGCACAUAGAGCUAUCAUCAGUGAUAAGGGCACCCACUUUGACAACAAGUUAAUUGCCAAAACAUUGUAG